AUGGCUGUGUUUCCUAGAAAAUCAUUUGCAAUAGAUAGUAUAAAAGCAGGAGAAUACAUCAAGGUUGGUACCCAGAUAUUAGUUUCAGCUCAACAGAACUUUGUGCUGGGAAUGUUCAAUCCUAAAGACUCCAAAUUCCAUUACUUGGGAAUAUGGUACAAGAACAUCCCACAAACUGUUGUGUGGGUAGCAAACAGAGACAAGCCACUUGUCAAUUCCACUGCCAUAUUAACAUUCAAUGGAGAAAACCUGGUUCUUCAGAAUGAAAACGAUGGAAUUGUGUGGUCUUCCACUUCUUCAGAACCUGUUAAAGAACCAAUCGCUCAACUACUAGAUAAUGGUAAUUUGGUUUUAAGAGAAUCUGGGUUUGAAAAUUAUUUGUGGCAGAGUUUUGAUUACCCCUCUGAUACUUUGUUACCGGGAAUGAAGCUUGGUUGGGACUUGAAAACUGGUAUGAACUGGAAGUUAACGUCAUGGAAAAGCUCGAACGAUCCGUCUUCUGGGGAUUUCACUUAUGGUAUGGAUCCUGGUGGGCUUCCCCAGUUUGAAACUCGCAAAGAUCACGUCACAACGUACAGGGGCGGCCCAUGGUUCGGUAGUAGGUUUAGUGGCACUUCCCCGUUGAGAGAAACAGAAAUUCAUUAUCCACGGUUCAAUUAUAGUGCGGAAGAAACAAUCUUUUCAUUCGAGUCUACAAAAAAUCUCACUGUAAGAUAUGCACUGAACACAGAAGGGUACUUCGAAGAAUAUUAUUGGAUAGAUGAUGAAAAUAAAUGGUAUUCUUUGUAUAAAUUACCAGGAGACGGUUGCGAUUACUAUGGACACUGCGGAAAUUUUGGUAUUUGUACAUCUUCCGUCAUACCUCUUUGCAAUUGCAUUCAUGGGUUUCAACCAAAAUCGCCAGAUGAUUGGAAAAAACAUUGGUGGUUAGAUGGUUGCGUUAGAAGGGACAAUAAAACCUGCAAAAAUGGAGAGGGGUUUAAAAGAAUCAGCAACGUGAAAUUGCCAGAUUCUUCAGGGGAUUUGGUGAAUGUUAAUAUGAGCAUUCACGACUGUGGGGCGGCAUGCUUGAGUGAUUGCUCUUGCUUGGCCUAUGGAAUAAUGGAGCUUUCCACAGGCGGCUAUGGCUGCAUCACAUGGUUUAAGAAGUUGGUGGAUAUUAGAAUCCUUCCUGAGAAUGGUCAGGAUAUCUAUGUGAGAUUGGCUGCUUCAGAAUUAAGUUCGGAUAACAGGAAACUUAUAUUUGUGCUGAGUGUGUCUGUUGCUUCACUGAUAAGCUUCCUGGUUUUAGUUGCUUGCUUUAUCUAUUGGCGUAGAAGGAGAAUUGAGGGUAAUGAGGUUCGGUCUCAAGAGAACGAAGUUGAGAUGCCACUCUAUGAUUUUACCGUGAUCGUAACUGCCACGAAUAAUUUUUCUUUCUCAAAUAAGAUUGGCCAAGGUGGUUUUGGUCCUGUAUACAAAGGAAUGCUUCCAUGUGGACAAGAAAUUGCAGUAAAAAGACUGGCAGAGGGUUCAAGCCAAGGGCAAAACGAGCUAAGAAACGAGGUUUUAUUGAUCUCCAAACUCCAACAUCGAAAUCUUGUCAAGCUGCUUGAUAACAAGAAGCGGUCGUUACUCAAUUGGAAAAAGAGAUUUGAUAUUAUAGUUGGAAUAGCUCGAGGGCUUCUUUAUCUUCAUAGAGAUUCAAGGCUUAUAAUUAUACAUAGAGAUCUCAAAGUGAGUAACAUCUUACUUGAUAAUGAAAUGAAUCCAAAAAUUUCGGACUUUGGUAUGGCUCGUAUGUUUGGGGAAGAUCAAACUAUGACACAAACCAAAAGAGUAGUUGGGACCUAUGGUUAUAUGUCUCCUGAAUAUGCAAUCGACGGAUAUUUUUCAAUGAAGUCUGAUAUCUUCAGUUUUGGAGUUAUUCUUUUAGAAAUAGUUAGUGGUAAGAAGAAUAGAGGUUUCUUCCAUCCCGACCAUCAACUAAAUCUUCUUGGACACGCAUGGAAACUUUUGAGUGAAGGCAAUGGUUUGUUAUUAAUGGAUGAAACAUUGAAGGAUCAAUUCCAAAGCUCUGAAGCUCUGCGUUGCAUUCAAGUAGGACUUUUGUGCGUUCAAGAGAAUCCUGAUGAAAGACCAGCUAUGUGUGGUUAUAUGUCUCCUGAAUAUGCAAUCGACGGAUAUUUUUCAAUGAAGUCUGAUAUCUUCAGUUUUGGAGUUAUUCUUUUAGAAAUAGUUAGUGGUAAGAAGAAUAGAGGUUUCUUCCAUCCCGACCAUCAACUAAAUCUUCUUGGACACGCAUGGAAACUUUUGAGUGAAGGCAAUGGUUUGUUAUUAAUGGAUGAAACAUUGAAGGAUCAAUUCCAAAGCUCUGAAGCUCUGCGUUGCAUUCAAGUAGGACUUUUGUGCGUUCAAGAGAAUCCUGAUGAAAGACCAGCUAUGUGUAGCAAGUAUAAGGUGGAGAAGUUCGAUGGUAAAGGAGAUUUUGGUCUUUGGAAGGUUAAAAUCAGAGCCAUUCUUGGUCAACAAAAGGCUCAGAAGGCUCUUCUUGAUCCAUCCUCUCUCCCAAACACUGUGACAGCUCAAGAAAAGGAAGACUGA